CGCGAUCAACAUAUAGUAAACAUCAAUUUUAAAUAUAUAUCAUUUCUUGUUUAUUAGCUUUUUAUUUUCAUUUUUGUAAUAAUGUCAGGUACUAAAAGAGAACAUAGUGAAAGUGAUAACGAGGACGAUUGGGUUGGACCAUUACCUUCAGAAGCUGUACCUCAAAAGAAACUAAAAGUUUUGGAGUACGAACAAGUAUAUUUAGAUAAUUUACCAUGUUGCGAAUGUUACGAGAAAUCUUAUAUGCACAGAGAUGUAAUUACUCAUAUCUUGGUAACAAAAUCAAAUUUUGUGAUAACGGCUAGUUCGGAUGGACAUGUUAAAUUUUGGAAGAAACAAGAUGAGCUUAUAGAAUUUGUAAAACAUUUUCGUGCACAUUUAAUGGCUAUACAAUCUAUGGCAGCUAGUUGUAAAGGUGUUCAUGCAUGUACAGUUAGUUUAGAUAAAACAAUAAAAAUUUUUGACGUUAUCAAUUUUGAUAUGAUUAAUAUGAUAAAAAUGGAGUUUAUACCUCUUUCUUGUGAAUGGAUAUAUUCACCUGGUGACGCAAUAUCUGCUCUAGCAGUUUCAGCUCAAGAGUCAAAUAAAAUUUUUGUUUACGAUGGUCAGGGGACUGGGACACCAUUACAUGUCUUUGAAAAACUACAUACUAAACCUGUUGUUGCUAUGAAAUACAAUCCUGUAUAUGAAACAUGUAUUUCUGUGGACAAAGCAGGCAUUUUAGAAUACUGGACGGGUCCUAAAAUGGAAUACAAAUUUCCUAGAUGCGUUGCAUUCGAUUCGAAGCUAGAUACAGAUUUGUUUGAGUUUGCAAAAAAUAAGACUUAUCCUUGUGGCUUAGCAGUAUCGCCCGAUGGCAAAAAGUUUGCUUCUCUCAGCGGAGAUAGAAAAGUCAGAGUCUUUAAUUUUCGUACUGGCAAACUGUACAGGGUAUUUGAUGAAACUCUGCAAAGGUUUUCUGAAUUACAACAAAUGACACAGCAACUACCAAAUAUGGAAUUUGGACGAAGAAUGGCAGUUGAAAGGGAAUUGGAUAAAACGGAAACUAACUUGGGAAACAUAGUUUUUGAUGAAUCUGGUUACAUGAUUUUAUAUAGUACAAUGUUGGGUGUAAAGCUCGUAAAUUUAUACACGAAUCGAUGUAUUAGAAUCAUGGGAAAACCUGAAAAUAUUCGUCCUAUGCAAUUAGCUCUGUUUCAGGGUAAAUCAAGAAAAACUACAGCUGCUUUGACUGUAGAAAUGGAAGCAUCAGAAAAUCCUACAUUGGAAAUGAAUCGGCCUGAUCCUACUUUAUUCUGUACAGCUCAUAAGAAAAAUAGAUUUUAUAUGUUUACGAGACGGGAGCCGGAAGAUACUAAAAGCCAAGAGUGUGACAGAGACGUUUUUAACGAAAGGCCAUCGAAAGAAGACAUUAUUUCUUCUACAGAAGCUACGAAUAUGCAAAAGAUUUUCGAUACUGCGAUUGUUCAUACAACGCUUGGAGAUAUUCACGUCAAUCUGUUCGGGAAAGAUGUUCCGAAGACAGUGGAGAACUUUUGUGUUCACGCGAAAAAUGGCUAUUACAAUGGACACGUGUUCCACAGAGUGAUUAAAGGAUUUAUGAUUCAGACUGGUGAUCCUACUGGAACUGGUACUGGUGGAGAAAGUAUUUGGGGAGGUGAAUUCGAGGAUGAAUUUAGACCUCAUUUAAAACACGACAGACCGUACACUUUAAGUAUGGCGAACGCGGGACCGAACACAAACGGCAGCCAGUUUUUUAUUACUUUAACGCCAACGCCUUGGUUGGAUAAUAAGCAUACAGUAUUUGGCAGGAUAGUAAAAGGAAUGGAAGUUGUACAAAAUAUCAGUCAAGUAAAAACGAAUCCAAAAACCGACAAACCUUACGAUGACAUCCGAAUAGUUAGCGUCAGUGUAAAAUAAUGUUCUAAAUAAAU